UUAUAUUACUGAUCCAGAGGGAGAACUACACUGACAUCGUUUGAAUUUUUUAUCUACAUUCGACAUCAACUCUUUUGACGUGUGGAGUGUGUCGUGGUCAGACUGGGAUUUCUCCAGUUUCAUGAUAAUUUCAUAUAAUUUUAAUGAAUAUACCAUAUAUCCACGCGGCUAACAACAAAGUUUUGUGUUCUAGUUGUGACAGAAGGUAAAUAAGGAAGACGAAGCAACCAUGAGUAGAUUUUUCGCAACUGGGACUGACUCCGAAUCCGAGAGCACCAGCGAGGACGAGCCAGUAGUACGCGCCCCAGCGCCCGUCUAUACUUUUAGUGACGAUGAGGAAGAAACGAAGCGCGUUGUGCGCUCCAUGAAGGAGAAGCGUUAUGAAGAGUUAGAAGGUAUUAUCCAUUCUAUCCGUAACCACCGCAAAAUAAAAGACUUCUCGUCGGCGCUCGCUUCAUUUGAAGAGUUACAGAAGGCUUACACCCGAGCCGCGCCUGUUGUCCAGAAGGAAGAAAAUGGCGUCGCACCAAGGUUCUUCAUCAGAGCUCUCGCGGAACUGGAUGAUUGGGUGUCUGGUGCUUGGAAUGACCGUGAUGGCAGGAAAGCAUUGUCCAAGGGCAAUAGCAAAGCACUCACAUCUCUUAGGCAGAAAUUGAGGAAGUACACCAAGGACUUUGAUGCAGACAUAAGUAAAUUCCGUGAAGAUCCGGAUCUACCUGAUGAUGAUGAAGAGAGGAAAGAUACAUCAUCAUCUGAUGAGUCGGAAGACGAAGAUAAGCCAGUCAAGGAAAAGCCACGCCCAGAACCUCCGCGUCGGCCGCCGCCUCAAGAUGACGAAUCUUCUGAUUCCAUGGACUGGGGAUCGAGUUCCUCCUCCGACAGUUCGAGCUCGGACGAUGAAGCUCGUGGUACGACCACUAUUCGUGAACGGUUCCUUAAGAGAACCACUGAGAGGGAAGAAGACGAAGAAAGAGAUAAACGUAGAGCGAAAAGGCGUGAGGAGAGACGUGAGAGAUCCGGUAAAAUCAGCAAACGCGACCAGGCUGACGAUGGUGGCGAAUGGGAGACUGUCAGGAAGGGUGCAGCUACUUCUGACAAACCUAAGAUGUUCGCCAAGGACAGUGACAUUGAUGCUGCUCUGGUAGUGAAGAAGCUUGGAGAAAUUAGCGCAGCCCGCGGGCGCAAGCGUACCGAUCGCCGCGCUCAACUGGAACUCUUGCAUGAGUUGCGUACUGUUGCCUUAGCACAUAACCUGGGUGAUGCGCUCCAACUGAAACUUCGAGCAGCUAUCGUCGCCGCGCUCUUUGAUUAUAACCCUAAAGUAUCUGAUGCUAUGAAGCCUGAAUAUUGGUCUAGACUUGUGGAGAAUGUUGAUCAUAUGGUCACACUUCUUUUGGCUCAUGAAGACAUGGUCCUCAGCGAAACUAUCACUGAGGAUAAUGAGGAAUUAGUGACUCCACCCUACCGUGUCCGCGGCUGUCUUCUCACCGCUUUGGAGCGUUUGGACGAUGAGUUUACUAAGUUGCUCAAGGAGUGUGACCCGCACUCCAAUGAAUAUGUCGAGAGGUUAAAGGAUGAAGUUAGGGUUUCGGCACUUAUCGAUCGCGUGUGUCAGGUCGUGGAGCGUGAUGGCUCUCCUCAGGAAAUAUGUCGCGCAUACCUUCGUAAGAUUGACCAUCUUUAUUAUAAAUUUGAUACUCGCGCUGUGCGUAAAGAUCUACCUCCUGGCGAGGAGACUACUAUCAAGAAAAUGGAGCGUUUCUGCAAAUAUAUUUACGCUCACGAUGAGACCGAUCGUCUUAGAACCCGCGCUAUCCUGUCUCAUAUCUACCAUCACGCAUUGCAUGACAACUGGUUCCAAGCACGCGAUCUGUUGCUGAUGUCGCAUCUCCAGGAAACUGUCCAGCAUUCUGACCCAAGCACUCAAAUUCUUUACAAUCGUACUAUGGCUAACUUGGGACUUUGUGCCUUUCGACGAGGCAACGUUAAGGAAGCUCACGGUUGUCUCGCCGAGCUUAUGAUGACUGGAAAACCUAAAGAGCUACUCGCUCAAGGUUUGCUACCGCAACGCCAACACGAGCGUUCCAAAGAACAAGAAAAAAUCGAGAAGCAGCGUCAAAUGCCAUUCCACAUGCAUAUCAAUCUAGAGUUACUUGAGUGCGUUUACUUAGUGUCUGCUAUGUUGAUUGAAAUCCCGUACAUGGCUGCACAUGAAUUUGAUGCGCGCCGCCGGAUGAUCAGUAAGACAUUCUACCAGAACCUGCGAGCCAGUGAGAGGCAGGCGCUUGUCGGCCCCCCUGAGUCUAUGCGAGAACACGCCGUCGCCGCAGCUAGAGCGAUGCGCCGUGGCGAUUGGAGAGCUUGUCUUAAUUUCAUUGUCAAUGAAAAAAUGAAUGCCAAGGUUUGGGAUCUAAUGGUGGGCGCUGACAACGUCCGCGCAAUGCUUGGCCGCCUCAUCCGGGAGGAGUCUCUCAGAACUUACCUGUUCACCUACGCACAUGUGUAUGCGUCGCUGUCCCUGCGCUCGUUGGCAGACAUGUUUGAGCUCCCGCGUCAACGUGUCCAUUCGCUUGUGUCUAAGAUGAUCAUCAACGAAGAGUUAUUAGCGUCACUAGAUGAUCCGAGCGAGUGUGCCAUACUGCAUCGCUCCGAACCUACAAGGAUGCAAGCUUUGGCAUUGCAACUGGCUGAUAAGGUUGGCAACGUGGUGGACUCGAACGAACGUAUCUUCGAGAAGCAAGGCUCCUUCUUCCAGCGUGGCGGCGCGCAGCGCGGUGAGGGCCGGCAGCGCGAGCGGCCGCGCGAGGGCUGGAACCGUCGCCAGCGCAACCGCCGCCGGGACGACGAGCGCGGGGACGAUUAGCGUUACCUGCACUUCUCACACAUGAAAUACAAAUAACAUCAUCUUUAUAGAGCUCCAUUAAACAAUAUGAGAGUAUCGACUAAUAAAUUAGUAUUUCAAGGACAAUUCUAUUACAAUAGUCCCCAGUAACAAUAGUGUGAAGCCAUUAUUUCAGUUUCUUAUAUAGGAGAUCAGUGAUAUUUGUAAAUGAUGUAACAGAUUAGCCUAUAAAUUACAUAUUUUAAAUUUAUAUCAUGCUCUUUUCUAUAACCAUUUAUAAAAAUAAAUACCUAUGUUGAUGUGUGUAUUUAUAUUUUUUUUUAAAAUGCCAUACGCUUUGUAAUGAUCAUUUCCACAUUACAGUAUGUAGUAUGUACCAACUCUUCUGCAUUACUUGGUGAUCUGCUAUGAAUUCAUAAUCCUCAUUCAAUAAAUGUCACAAUAUAUCCAC